GCUUCUAGAAGAUGGCCCCCACCACCAUGUUGUCAGGAAGAGCGGCAGUCCUCCUGGAUGAUUGGGCGUUGUCUUUUCUUCCUAUCCCCUUCACCCGUUCAAGAGCCUCACCUGCCAAGAAGCUCUUUUUCGUCUGUUCAAUCCUUCCUCCCUCGCUUACCGGCCCAUAUCGGUUCUCUUCCGCUUCUUGCUAUCGCUCUUCCCAGUUCUCUUAUAGAAGUAGGAGCGGAAUGGCUCGGACAGCAAUGGACGAGACAACAGAUUCUGGUGCGUUCAACCGAUCACCUUCGACAUUCCGUAAUUUCAUUUCUAGAGACAAGUCCUCUCAGUUUCCUGCAGAACCGGGAAGAUAUCAUCUAUACAUAUCAUAUGCAUGUCCAUGGGCAUCUAGGUGCCUUUCUUUUUUGAAGCUCAAAAAGCUUGAGAAGGCUAUUAGUUUCUCGGUAGUCAAAUCUAAAUUUGAGAGGACUAAGGAGAGUGAUGAGCAUAUGGGGUGGGUCUUCCCUACUUCUGGUUCUGAAGAACCAGGAGCUGAACCAGACCCUCUAAAUGGGGCCAAAAGCAUUAGGGAAUUGUAUGAGAUAGCUAGCAGCAACUAUGGCGGAAAGUUUACGGUACCGGUUCUUUGGGAUAAGAAACUUGGAACAAUUGUGAACAACGAGAGUUCAGAGAUAAUAAGAAUGUUAAACACUGAAUUCAAUGAAUUUGCUGAAAAUGCUACUCUUGACCUCUAUCCUUCUCAUUUGCAACCCAAGAUUGAAGAGGUCAACAAAUGGGUGUACGAUGCUAUUAAUAAUGGGGUAUACAAAUGUGGUUUUGCAAAAAAACAGGGUCCUUAUGAAGAGGCUGUUGAAACCUUAUAUACAGCACUAAAUAAAUGUGAGGAUAUUCUAAGUAAGCAGCGGUAUAUAUGUGGAGAUACUCUGACUGAAGCUGACAUAAGAUUGUUUGUCACUCUUAUUAGGUUUGACGAGGUUUAUGUUGUCCAUUUCAAGUGCAAUAAGAAGGUCUUACGUGAAUAUCCAAAUCUGUUCAAUUACACAAAAGAUAUCUUCCAGAUAUCAGGGAUGAAGGAGACUGUGAACAUGGGACACAUCAAGCGCCAUUACUAUGGAAGUCACCCUUCAAUCAAUCCAUUUGGAAUCAUCCCUGUUGGUCCCAACGUCGAUUAUUCUGCUCCUCAUGAUAGGGACAGAUUUCCUUGUUAGGUCACAUUUGGAGGCUAUAUUUAAAGCACUACUAGUCUGCUAAGAGAGCACAUCAAGUGAAAGGGAAAACAAGGUCAUACGCUAAAGUUAUACUUCAAAACAAACAGCUGCAUUUGAGCCCACAUUAUUGUAGGUGCAGCAAUCGACAGUUUGUUUUUUCUUUUUUUUUCCCUGUUAAAUCAUUGAUCAAACCAUUGCUUGUUAACCGUUAAUCCUGUUGGCUGUGAAAAAUUUUGCAAUCUCAUGCUUAUCUGAAAAAUUGUAUCUGCACCCACACUUGCAC